AUGAGCCUCGGAGAGGAGCAGGUGCGCAGCUUCCUGGACAGGAACCCUGACUUUGCCCACCAGUACUUUGAGAAGCAGCUGAGCCCUGAGCAUGUGGCUGCCUGUGAGGACGGGCGCCUGGAGGGCUGCGGCAGCCUGCGCGAGCUGUGCCAGGUCGGGGAGAGCGCUGCGCUCUUCGAGCUGGUGCAGGACAUGCAAGAGAGCGUCAGCAUGGAGCGCGUGGUCUUCAAGCUGCUGCGGCGCCUCUGCGCCAUCCUGCAGGCUGACCGCUGCAGCCUCUUCAUGUACCGCCAGCGCAACGGCGUGGCUGAGCUGGCCACGCGGCUCUUCAGCGUGCAGCCAGGCAGCGUUCUAGAGGACUGCCUGAUACCCCCUGACUCCGAGAUCGUCUUCCCGCUGGACAUCGGGGUCGUGGGCCACGUGGCUCAGACCAAGAAGAUGGUGAACGUGCCGGAUGUGACCCAGAAUCCCCACUUCAGCCCCUUCGCCGAUGAACUCACUGACUACGUGACCAGGAGCAUCCUGGCCAUGCCCGUCAUGAAUGGCAAGGACGUCGUGGCAGUGGUCAUGGCAGUGAACAAACUCGGUGGCCCCUGCUUCACCAGCGAAGACGAGGACGUUUUCAAGAAGUACCUGAAUUUUGCUGAAUUGAACCUGAAGAUCUAUCACUUGAGUCACCUUCACAACUGUGAGACACGACGAGGCCAGGUGCUGCUCUGGUCAGCCAACAAGGUGUUUGAGGAGCUGACGGACAUCGAGAGGCAGUUCCACAAGGCCUUCUACACAGUGCGGGCCUAUCUGAAUUGUGACCGGUACUCCGUGGGCCUCCUGGACAUGACCAAGGAGAAGGAGUUUUUUGACGUGUGGCCUGUGCUGAUGGGAGAAGCUCCGCCAUACUCAGGCCCACGCACACCCGACGGCCGGGAAAUUGUCUUCUACAAAGUCAUUGACUACAUCCUCCACGGCAAGGAGGACAUCAAGGUCAUUCCCACACCCCCAGACGAUCACUGGGCCCUGGCCAGUGGCCUUCCAACCUAUGUGGCAGAAAGUGGCUUUAUCUGUAACAUCAUGAAUACCUCCACAGAUGAAAUGUUCAAGUUUCAGGAGGGGCCCCUGGACGACUCUGGGUGGGUCAUCAAGAAUGUGCUCUCCAUGCCCAUCGUCAACAAGAAGGAGGAGAUCGUGGGGGUGGCGACCUUCUACAACAGGAAAGACGGGAAGCCCUUUGACGAGCAGGAUGAAGUUCUCAUGGAGUCCCUGACGCAGUUCCUGGGCUGGUCAGUGCUGAACACAGACACCUAUGACAAGAUGAACAAGCUGGAGAACCGCAAAGACAUCGCCCAGGACAUGGUUCUGUACCACGUGAGAUGCGACAAGGAUGAAAUCCAGAUGAUCCUGCCAACGAGGGAACGCCUGGGGAAGGAGCCCACUGACUGUGAGGAGGACGAACUGGGGAAGAUCUUGAAGGAAGAGCUUCCAGGACCCACCAAGUUCGACAUCUAUGAGUUUCAUUUCUCUGACCUGGAGUGCACAGAGCUGGAGCUGGUCAAGUGUGGCGUCCAGAUGUACUACGAGCUGGGCGUGGUGCGCAAGUUCCAGAUCCCCCAGGAGGUCCUGGUGCGGUUCCUGUUCUCUGUCAGCAAAGCCUACCGGAGAGUCACCUACCACAACUGGCGCCACGGCUUCAACGUGGCCCAGACCAUGUUCACGCUACUCAUGACCGGCAAGCUGAAGAUCUACUACACAGACCUGGAGGCCCUCGCCAUGGUCACGGCAGGCCUGUGCCACGACAUCGACCACCGAGGCACCAACAACCUGUACCAGAUGAAAUCCCAGAAUCCCCUAGCCAAGCUCCAUGGCUCCUCCAUCUUGGAGCGGCACCACCUGGAGUUUGGGAAGUUCCUGCUGGCAGAGGAGAGCCUGAACAUCUACCAGAACCUGAAUCGGCGGCAGCACGAGCAUGUGACCCACCUCAUGGACAUCGCCAUCAUCGCCACCGACCUGGCCCUCUACUUCAAGAAGAGGACCAUGUUCCAGAAGAUCGUGGAUGAGUCCAAGAACUAUGCAGACAAGAAGAGCUGGGUGGAGUACCUGUCUCUGGAGACCACGCGGAAGGAGAUAGUCAUGGCCAUGAUGAUGACUGCCUGUGACCUGUCUGCCAUUACCAAGCCCUGGGAGGUCCAGAGCAAGGUUGCUCUGCUGGUGGCCGCUGAGUUCUGGGAACAAGGGGACUUGGAAAGGACAGUCUUGGAUCAGCAGCCCAUUCCCAUGAUGGACAGGAACAAGGCGGACGAGCUCCCCAAGCUGCAGGUUGGCUUCAUCGACUUCGUGUGCACGUUUGUGUACAAGGAGUUCUCCCGUUUCCAUGAAGAGAUCCUGCCCAUGUUUGACCGACUUCAGAACAACAGGAAGGAGUGGAAAGCACUGGCUGACGAGCACGAGGCCAAAGUGAAGGCCCUGGAGGAGGAGAAGCAGCAGGAGGAGAGUGUGGCAGUCAAGAAAGUGGGCACAGAAAUCUGCAAUGGCGACCCGGCACCCAAGUCUUCUACCUGCUGUAUCCUGUGAGCCCUGGUCCAGCAGCUGGCUCCCUCCAGCCCCUCACCCACUGGAACGUGGGCUCCACCUCUUGCACUUUGGAGUAAAAAGUUAGGAAGCCAAGAAAAUGACUGAAGACAGU